UCAGCUGAUACGCGCGGUUUGUUUCUUCGCGUUGUUCUACGAUUUAUUUAUGGGAAAUGUCGGCGAAUGACGUAACUGGAGUACGUGAACGUGACCAGCCCGUUUUGCUUCAUUCUGCUUGCUCGAUGCCGCGGCGCGGCGCGGCGCAGCGUGUUUCUCGCGCUUGUAGCUUGUAGAGCUAGAGUAAAGACUGUAAAGAGUGCGUAGGUCAGUGACGUUGACCGGGAAGAUCGCGCGGAGCCGGAGACCAAUGUUCCCUACCCGGGGAACUGGGCUACUUGGGAUUCUUGGGAAUACUCAUCGGCAUCAAGGAUGACGUAAUUCGAUAGAAAAAGAACGGUGACUGGUCCUCGUGUUCGGGUGAUCCGUUUCAAGGUUAUGUCCACCAUCGGACGUAACGGUUAGCGAAACCAGCGAAUGCUCAUUGCUCAUCGUUGUCGUCGUCGACGUCGUCGUCAUCGUCCCAUUGUUCUAUUCUAUACAUUCGUUACGCGGCGUGUCAGGUGUGGUCAGGUGUGGUCGGGUGUCGGGCUGUGUCGCGCCGCCCAUCUACGUGACUCAUUGCGUACUCUGACAAAACGAAAGCUUUAUUUCAGCGUGGAACAAAGUGGAGCAAAGUGGGACAAAGUGGCUCCCGAGUCUGAGGCCUCAGGCCUGAGGUGAGGCACCAGGCAGCCAGGCACCUACGGCAUCUCAUUGCCUCUGUACUCAACUGUACCGCUGACAGUUGUGCCCGAGAGAGACGAGGAUCAAAGUACGAAAAAGCUACGGAAUUUUAUUGAGAAGGAACGAGAAAGGAACAGGCAGCAAAAUGGUCUUCGAGUCGAUCAUUGCCGAGCUCCUCAACAAGGUGAUUGGCGAGUAUAUUGAGAACUUGGACUAUACGCAGCUUAAAGUCAGCCUCUGGGGAGGUGAUCUUGUGUUAAAUGACUUGUUAAUAAAAGAGUCUGCAUUGGAUGUAUUGGAUCUUCCAGUGAGAUUGGAAUAUGGUCGCUUAGGGAAAUUAAUACUGAAGAUUCCAUUCAAAGAUAUGUGGAAUGGCCAGAUUGAUGCGAUAGUCGAGGAGCUGUUUAUCCUGGUAGUGCCUACAAGUCAAGUUUCGUAUAACGAAGAGAAAGAGACGAAAACGCAAUUGGAAGCUAAACGGGCGGAACUCGCGAGGGUGGAAAAGAGGAAACAAUUGGCGGACAUAAAAUCGCAAGAAAAAUUAGACGAUUCGAUGGUUGAGAAGCUGAUCGCUCGCAUGAUCAAGAACAUUCACGUAGAGAUCAAGAGGAUUCAUGUACGGUACGAGGACCAUGUCACCUUCAAAGAGCAUCCGUUUUCCGUUGGCUUCACUCUGAGUACCUUCGUCCUCGAGAGCUGUACAGAUUCCUGGGAAACUACUGGCAAUCUGAAGGAAAUGUAUGCCAUUCCGCAGAUCUUUAAACUGUGCGGUCUCGACGGACUGGCCGUCUACCUCAAUACAAGCGUGGAGCAGUAUAGCAAGAGCUCGCAGUCUUCGUAUUCCACUCUUUUUUGUAGUGGCAUCGCAACCAUGGACUAUACACCAACAGGUUAUCAAUAUCUGCUAGGACCGAUCAACGUCAAGUCCAAGCUCAGACUUAAUCCCAAACCAGAGUCCGACGGUAGCAAUUAUACCAUCCCCAAGGUAUGGCUGGAUCUGGAGAUGCAGAAAUUGCGGAUUGGCUUAACAAAGCGUCAAUAUCAGACCUUGGUGCGGUUAGGAGAGGGCCUAGAUCACGCGCGGAAAGCCGCGCCGUAUCGAAAAUACCGACCAAAUUUGACAUCGUAUCGCGGCCACUACAGGGAGUGGUGGCAUUUCGCGUAUACCUGCGUCCUCGAGGAGACCGUGCGACGGUGUCGUCGUAACUGGGAUUGGGACCACAUGAAGGGGCAUCGUGACAGUUGCCGCGCCUACGCCGAGGCUUAUCGGACAAAGCUGACGACCAAGAGGUCGGCAAAGGAGAUUGAUGAACGACUGACGGACUGUGAAACAAAAUUGGACAUUUUCAACCUGGUAAUUAUCCGACAGCAGAUAGAGAUGGAAGUGGAAAGACUGGCGGAGCAGGAGAAGAGCCUAAAGGCGAAGCGAGGUUGGUUCGGUUUUCUGUGGACCAGUUCGCAGGCCGAGGAGACGAAAGAGCUCAAUUCGGCUGCAGCCAUCAUGCGCAGAUUCGAGGAGGCAAUGACGCCGCAGGAGAAGGAGAAGCUCUAUCGGGCAAUCGAUUAUCAAGAGAAUAGCGCGCCCGCACAUUAUCCAGAGAUGUACGAGAUGGUUGACACACGUUUCCUUCUGCGUGGUUUGCAAAUCUCUCUGCUGGACACGGACAAGGAGCACCCGUGCAUCUUGGACUUGCAGCUACACGGCGUACGAGCAGGUUUCAAGUCGCGGCCAUCCGCGAACGCGAUCCUCGUCACUGCCUCUAUCAGCGACAUGAAACUGCUAGGCGUGACGCAGAAUGGUCGCGUGCCUUCGCUCUUUAAUCCGGAACACGGCAGCUCUGAUAGCGCCCUGCUGUCGGUGUCCUAUGAGAAGAAUCCAAUCGACAGGCUGUGCGGUGAUCGUGUUAUUGUCAAGUCUCGAUCCGUCGACAUCAUCUACGAUGCGCUAACUAUUCUAAAAUUGGUCGACAUGUUUAAGGUACAAGACUCUUCGACGCUGAAUCAGCUGCAAACAGCCGCGGCGGAACGGCUAGUGGGCUUGAAGGAAAUGUCGGCGCUCGGAUUGGAAUAUGCUAUACAAAAACAUUCCGUGUUGGACAUACAAGUGGAUAUGCAAGCGUCGCAACUUAUCAUACCGCAUGGCGGUCUCUACGACGACUCAAAGGCGUUAAUUGUCGUGAAUCUAGGUAGUCUAAAGAUGCAUUCCCUGGAGAAAGGCAAGAGCGACAUGGCUGGUGCUAGCGUUAAACAACUGGUUAGCAUGGGCAAGAGCGAAGAGGAAGUACUGCUGCAUCUGAGGGAAUACAGCUACGACAAAUUCGUUUUGAAGAUUGUCAACUUUCAAGUGCUGGUCUCGCUGCCGAAUGAAGAGUGGCGAUCAGUCUUGGCAAGCACCGAGAGUCCCCUGACAUUGCUCCAUCCAACUACCUUGGAAAUUCAGUUCCACAAGUGCCUGGUGACGGACGAUCCUUUGUUGCCAAAACUACGGCUUCUCGGUCACCUGCCGUCAGUUGCCGUGAACAUAACGGAUGUUCGACUGCUACAAGCGCUCUCAAUCGCGCAGAGCAUUUUACCACCCGAGGAGGAAAAACCCGCCGAGUUGCAGCAGCGUAUCUCCCUCUCCAAAUCCGUCUCGCAGCUAUCGCUGAAGGAGCUUGGCACCACGAUAUCGAGCAUCGCCGACAAAAGGAAACAGCAGCAAGAAACUGCCGCCGCGUCGAUGAAGCAGACCACUGACUUGGAGAUGAAAUUCGAGAUGAAGGAGUUUACGCUGUCAAUGUCCAGACAACGAGACGACGACGACGCAUCUUCAGAAUUCAUCAGAUUACAGGUGCUACAGCUGGAGGCAGAACUGCUACAACGUACGUACGAUCAGAAGGUGCAGCUGCGGUUAGGCGGCGUGCAGAUCCGGCAGCUGUAUGAAAAUCAGGAGAUCUUCAUGGUCAACACGCCGAUGUUGGCCGGCAGAGAUGAGUAUUUGAUCGUCGUGCAAUAUGUGAAUGUGAACAAACGCUCGCCGGAGUUCGUCACGCGACACGGUUCUGUUGUGAAGCUGCUUCGACUGGAAUUUACCUCGCUGGACGCGCUGUUACAUCAAGAAGCGCUUAUCGAGCUGCUGCGAUUUAGCACGUACAUUCAGGACCGAAUGAACUCGCUUGAAGGUGCUCAGAGGAAGGAAAUCGAGGGGCGUCCUCGACCGACCCGUUUGACCUCUAUUCAGGAGGAGACUUCUGGUUUCCUCAAGGAGCAGUUACAGAAACAAAGAUUGAGACCCACCGGAGGUGGACGACGCAGAAGGCAAACCGUUGAGUGUAUCGAUCUAAAGGUGAACGCUAAGAUUGGCUCGAUCAAUCUCAAGAUUUCCAGCGCCGCCCGGGAUAUUACUGCGCUCUACGUCGAGGGUAUCAGCGCCAGUUUUCUCAGCAAGUCUUCGUAUUCGCAAAUGAACGUCGAUCUGGUCUCGCUCAGCAUUAAAGAUCUCAAUCCUUCUUCUAUGUACAGGGAUAUCGUGGCUGUGGAGGGUACUGAGUCUUUACAAAUCCAAACGGUGAUGUACAACAUUGAGCAAUGGGAGAUGGACAAGAGCAACAUGUCCGUGAAGGUGACUAUGGGUUGCCAUCGCAUCGUCUUCCUAAAUGCAUUUGUUACCAGCAUUAUGACGUUCCUCAACAACUUUCAAGCGGCGCAGAAAGCUAUCAAAGACGCAUCGGCGGCGGCGGCAGAAGCCGCCAAGACAAACAUCAAGGACGUUCAAACAAGUGCCUCGCGCAUUGAGCUGAGUGUUAAAAUCAAGGCGCCCGUCAUAUACGUGCCGAUGAACUCCAAGAACCACCAUAGCUUGAUGCUAGACAUGGGCAAUCUCAUGGUAUGUAACGUCUUCAAGAAGCUAGAGGUGACGAACGAGGAAACCGGUGAAUGUCCCGUGGUAGAUGAAAUGAAGAUCGAACUGCAGAAUUUGAAACUAUCUCGAGUUCGACUGAACAUGGAGAAGUUUACCAGCGAGAACGAGGUGCUGCUGUUGGAACCGGUAACGUUUACGCUGCUAAUGAAGCGUAAUCUAUCUACCGCCUGGUUCACCGCCAUUCCGGACAUCGAUAUGUUUGGCAGAUUGAAUAAGAUUAAUCUGCUGUUGAGUAAAGAGGACUACGCUACGAUUUUGAAAGUGCUGGAGCAGAAUCUGGGCGAGACCGUCGAGGACUCGAAACCCGUGCAAGCUCUGCCAUCCGCCAUCAAGUCCGAAUGCGGCGGAGAGCUUGAGAUCCAACCGGCGUACAAAUAUGAGAUUGACGCAUCGCGAGAAGCACCAUCGUUGGACGCACAAGAACGACACGCUCACACCGCCGUCAAAUUCGAAUUUAUCAUGGACAGUCUGGUGAUCAGUCUCUUCACCGGCGGCUCCAAGUUGCUGCAGUCGCAGACAUCGCCGUUGCAUCUGCCUGAGUAUGGACUGGCGCGCUUCAGUCUUACGCACUUUGCCGUGAAGGGCCGUGUGUUUGCGGACGGUCUACUGGCCACGUCGAUCCUGCUGAUGAACUGCACGCUAGACGACAUACGACAGAGCCGAGAGGGCUCGCUAGUGCGAAUCAUGGAAAGGACAGGCAGCGCGCCAUUUUCAGGAUCCUCGCCGAGCGAGGAUCAUAUCGACAAAGAACACAAUGCCAGGAGUAUGCUGGACGUGACAGUGCGUCAGAGCCCGAACGACACGUUCGCCGACGUGCGAGUGUUCUCUUUCAGCAUCAUCGUGUCCCUCGAUUACCUCAUGAAGAUCAAGGAUUUCUUCGAUGUGGCUGUCGCGAACAAGACAGCUAUUACUUCCUCCUCGAGAAACGACGCGGUGAUGCCAAAGAAGAAACCAGCGCAACAGCAGUCGACUGCUUCGACGCCCAAGAUGUUAACUGUAAAUCUGCACGUGGAAAAGCCGGAUAUUAUCCUGCUUGAGGACAUGGACGAUAUCAACUCGAAUUGCAUAGUACUGAAUACAGAAUUGUUGCUGAAGGUGCGCAUCAUGGGGGAGCACCAGGUGAUCGCGGGCUCCAUUAAAGAUCUCUCGCUGCUGACGGGGAUAUACAAUCCUGUGAAGAGGGCCGAUUGGAUUUAUCAGGUCUUGAAACCAUGCAGCAUUAGCGUAGCCGGUUCCACGCCGGAGGGCAAAGGACUCCAUUUAGAAGUCUGUUGCACGGACAUCCAUGUUUCUGUUUCGCCAGGUGUAAUCGAAAUAUUGAAUAAGGUCAUUCAUACGGUGACGAGAAAGGAGGAAGAGGACAAAGAAAUUGUUAAGCUCGAGCCUAAUUACGAAGGAUUGUGGAUCGUCACGCCCUUUGAAGAGAAUAAUUAUUGGUUCUUAAAGACAGAAGUCGCAAUGGAAGCACUCGAAGAGUUUAUUACGUAUCCGGACGACGAGAUUGCGGCGGCGGCGGCGGUGCCUUACAAGCCCGAAUUGGCAAUCGUCUCGGCGCCGACCAUCUUGUUCACCCUGGAGGCAGGUGUCGGCAACAAAACUCUGCCCAUGUUGCUGCUUCACGUGAGUUUCCAAAGCACGGUCAACGAUUGGAGCACAAAAUCUAUGAGCGUAGACUCGACAAUGUCGGUGAUUAUGUCGUAUUAUAAUAGUCGCCUCGCGCUGUGGGAACCACUGAUCGAGCCGAUAGAAAGCUCCGAUAACGGUAAACGCCGCUCGACGCCGUGGGAACUGAAAACCAAAAUCCAAUUUAACGACAUAAUGCUAGACUUGAGAGGUGCCAGUGCGGCGGUUAGCCCAAUCUCGGAGAGCGAACCCGAAGAGCUACAUCAGUCUACUAAGAUGUCCAUUGACGUUACGUCCUCUGAUAAUUUGGAGAUAACCGUGACGAAGACGUGUCUGGAUGUUCUGAAACAACUCGGCCAUUCGUUUUCCUCGGCUAUGGAGGCCAGCGGGAAAGGGCCAACCAGGAAAGUGGCGCCGUACGUGCUGAAGAACGAAACCGGCUUGGCGAUAAUACUCGACCUGGAGUACAGUUUCUUCAAGAUUUUUGACGAUGGAUCGAGAUCAAGGGACCACAAUGACUCGUAUAUGGAAGUGAUCCUUGAAACCGGUGCGUCGAUAGAGCUCGCGUCCAAGACAUCCAAGCUGGAUGACACGCGUCUUCUCGAGCAGUUGAAAGUGGAGAUCGUCAAGGACAGAGAGGACAGUAAAUUCUCUAUAUCUUUUAAAGGUAUUCAAGGCAAACUGGCGAUACCUGUGUUGAGAGCGGAUCGGAGAUUCUUCUCUUUGAAGCACCGAAAGGAGGGCUCCGAGGAAUGGGGUAUCGUGUCGGAUGUCAUUGUGGAGGAGGGUAGCACGAUUGUCACUCUUAGAAGCAUUCUUCAGGUUCACAAUCAUUUCGCGCAGCCGAUAUCCGUUUAUUAUAUGACGAAACGUGGAAAUGAGGUGGAAUGUGUGGGCACAGUGGCACCGAAUGAGAAGCUCAAUUUACCCCUAGAUGCCGUGUACACCCCGACCAACAUUUACUGGCUGUUUUUCAGCGUCGAUGGAUAUAUGGUAUCAGUUGAGCCAUUCGUAUGGAAGGACCUGCAAAAAACUGUUUCCAUGACGAAACUAUUGAAAUGCGAGUCGCGAUCCAAGCAGGAUGCCACAGAACCAUUUUACAUUCAGGCUGUAGGAGAGAUCGAGCAGGUAUAUUUCGAAAAUACCACUCGUCACACCAUGGCUAGUACCGUCUACAACGUACAUCUGUAUCCAUCUGUGUACUUGAAGAAUUUCCUACCAAUCGACAUCAUUAUCUGCUUGCCUGGCACUGCUCAGGAGAGCUUACUCGAAGCAAGUGCCUCUCUGCAACUUCCUACGAUUGAUCCAGCCAAGUCGAAUAUAAUAAUUAAGCUACCCAAUUACCUCGAGAAAGAUUGGUCGUGCAAAGGAGAGAUAGUGGCAAACCCACCAGAGUUCGCGGUUUGGUCGUUCGAAUCUUUCGACAGCGCGCAGAAGGUGAUCCUGGAUCUCGGAAUGCAUACGUCUUACAAGCACAGUUCGAUUGUCAUGGCGCUGUAUUGUCCCUUCUGGAUGCUGAACAAGACUGGUUUAAUGCUAUCCUAUAGAAAAUCAAGUAAGGGUGGCAAAGAGCAUUCGAGUCCGAUCAAGAAAUUCGUUUCCGCUAUGAAACCCCAUCGGCAACGCGCACAGUACAGGAAGAGGAAAACGCGCGCGACAACGGACGAUUACUUAAAUAUCUUGUACCAUCCGGAGCACUUUAAGGGACCUAUUCUGUUCUCGUUCCGCUCCAAAGCCUUCUUCGGCAAGAAGAAGGCCAUGAUCAGAGUGGAGGAUGGAGAGUGGUCCGACAAAUUCUCCAUCGAUGUCGCGGGCAGUGAGGGUGUGGUAGCCUGCAAGUACAAUGGAAUGACAUAUCAGAUCGGGGUACACAAUCAAUUGACAUACAACUUGUUGACCAAGCAGAUUACAUUUACGCCCUACUACAUACUUAUCAACAACGCAGAUUUCCUCAUAGAAUGCCAGGAGGGCGAUCGACCAGCCGAUCCAAUGGCCAAAGUACCUCCUGGUGAAUGCGCGGCCUUGUGGCCUAGAACCGAACACGAGGACAAGACUUUGAAGGCCAAAGUCGCGGGUCAACCUGAGAAAACCGCGGCGUUUAUUUAUACCGAUAGCCAUACGACUCUGCUUAAAUUGGACAAUAAGUAUGGAGGGAUCAAUGUGGACGUGCAAAUCAGCGAGGGCGGCGUUUACAUCUCCAUGUCGGCCUACAUUCCGGGCAAUGCGCCGGCUUUGAUCGUCAACCAUACGCCACAUACCAUCAAUCUAUGGGAAAAAGGUUCAAUUAACGUUAGGUCUGUACAGUCGUACAACAGAAUGUUUUAUACUUGGGAAAACCCGGCGGGUCCACGAAAAUUGGUUUGGGAGGAUAACAACGGCAAGGAAAUCGAAGACAAUCUUCGCAAGGAUAAUCUUGGUACCUUUGCACUGCCGGAUAUAGACGAGAAACUGUUUUACGUCUCGUUCCUGGACGGUACUCAGCGAGUGCUGCUUUUCACUACAAAUCUGAAAAUCGCCGAGGAUUGUCAGCUGGCCGGUGACUUGGAAGUAAUAGAUCAGGAAAUCACGCUCAACAUUCACGGUAUUGGCGUCUCUCUCGUGAACAACAUCACCAAGUCCGAGUUGUUGUACAUGUCCAUUACCAGCUCUGGAAUUAUAUGGGAGACGCGUAAAUCUCUUGGCGGCCGAUGGCGAGCGUUAAAUAUCAAGGAAGUUAACGCCAUCGAGGAAGGAUAUCAACGCUACAUUAGAGAAUUGCAAAUCGGCAGGGACGCAGACUACCGGGCGAUGUUGGACCCGAAACUAAUGGUGGAUUAUCUGAAUAUGGAGAUGCUGAAACCGCAUCGUAGAUACAUGCGACGUACGUUUCAAACUGGGCUUUGGCUACAAUAUCGUACCUCAGCGCAUCAAGUACAGCUGCACGCAAAGAUCAAUAAGCUUCAGAUCGACAAUCAGUUUUCCGAGUGCGUCUUUCCAGUUAUAUUAGCUCCAGUGCCACCGCCGAAAAGCGUCACGCAGAGUACAGUCAUGAAACCUUUCGCGGAGCUCAGUAUGGUCAAGCGCCUGUUGGAGUACAGCACCGUGCAACAAUUCCGAUACUUUAAAGUUCUCAUACAAGAGUUUCACAUCAAGGUGGACAUGGUCUUUAUAAAUGCAAUAAUGGGCCUGUUCGAAGCUGACCAAGUCAACGACGCCGAAGAGAGUGCUUUAUUCCGUACAGACAUGAAACUCGUUAACGAACCGUUGAUGUACCACGUCAGUCUCAUCACCACGGCCGAGCAAAAGAACUUCUUCGAUCUGCUGCACUUCUCGCCUCUCAAGAUACACAUCAGUUUCUCAAUGACUGGAAGCGGAGGUGGACCCUCAGCGUUGCCGCAAGUACUUAAUGUGCUGUUGCAAGGAAUCGGCGUGACGCUGACGGAUAUUAACGACAUUGUGUUCAAAUUGGCGUACUUUGAGAGAAACUAUGUAUUCAUGACGCACAAGCAGCUUGUUUCCGAGGCGAGCACUCAUUAUGCAGGCCAGGCGAUCAAGCAGGUGUAUGUACUUGUGCUGGGACUCGAUGUGAUCGGUAAUCCAUACGGGCUCGUGGUCGGGACGAUGAAGGGCAUCGAGGACCUGUUCUACGAACCCUUCCAAGGGGCCAUACAAGGUCCGGGGGAGUUCGCGGAGGGCCUGUACCUCGGGGUGCGCAGCAUGCUGGGCCAUACCGUCGGCGGAAUGGCGGGCGCUGUGUCAAAGAUCACGGGAGCGAUGGGCAAGGGUAUAGCUGCUCUGACCUUCGACAAAGAUUAUCAGCGAAAGAGGCAAGAACAGCUUAACAAACAGCCCGCUAACUUACAAGAAAGUCUCGCACGAAGCGGAAAGGGUUUAGUCAUGGGUGUAUUCGAUGGUGUAACGGGUGUAGUAACGAAACCCAUAUCAGGCGCAAAGGAGGAAGGAGUAGAAGGAUUUUUCAAAGGGUUUGGAAAAGGUGUUGUUGGACUCGUUACUAGGCCUACGGCUGGUGUUAUCGACUUUGCAAGUGGUUCCUUUGGAGCUAUCAGACGAGCCACCGAGCUGGGUGAGGAAGCAAAGAGAGUACGAUCACCUAGAUUUCUGCAACCGGACAGUCUUGUUAGACCGUACAUAAAGGAUGAAGCCGAAGGCAAUAAGAUAUUGAAGGACGUGGAAAAGGGGAAAUAUGCGCACACGGACGUUUACGUCUACCAUGUGUUCAUCAACAAAGACGUACUAUUACUCACCGACAAAAGAUUAGCGUAUCUCGAACACAGUGAUUUGUUUGGUGGUUGGCGGGUUGACUGGAGUUAUACUUGGAACGAAUUCAGCGACCCGGCAAGAAUCGUAGAGAAAGGUGUACAAAUUUUUACCAAAGACGCUACUAAGAGAAAGAAACUCGGUGGUCUAUUCGGCAGUGCGGAUCAAUCAAAGAUACUUUUAAUAACUGAUCAUAAUAUUAAACAGUUGUUGUGUGGUAAAAUACAAGAGCAGAUUGAUCAAUCUGGAAUAUGACAGCGAUGCACAAACGUAAAAGAAAAAACGUGCUUGUGCGCUUCGAGCUACAGAAGAAAAUAAAAAAGGCGAAAGAGAGAGCAAGCGAGCCAAGUUUCUUCACUUCCGGAACGUUUCGCGAGCGAUUUGCACAUUUUCUACCGACACUAUUUAUAAGACUGAUACCGCGUAAAUCGCAACAAUCGAAUAUAAAAAGGAAUGCUAAUUAAUAUACUAAGAAACCGUGAAAGAAUGUAUGGAAUCUUUCUUACACUUCACUAUGCAACUGUUCAGAGCUUUUUUGCUAUCGGUAUCAUUACCGAAUGAACAAUGUUAGAUUGGUGCGAAAGAUUCGUCGCAUUCGUCUUUCAAAUAAAGUUGAAAAUGAAAUAUUACGUAGCUUUGAAGUACGUUUUAUUAAUCAAGACAGUAAAAUGUUAGCUUCGAUGUUUUCUCUAAGAAAUUUGUCACUCCUUUUUUUUUUAAAUUCCAACGAUUUUAUAUUAAAUAGAAUUUCAUAGAAAAUAAUCUUUUGUACUAAUAGUUGCAAUAUCUGAAUAUCACAAAAGAGAAAAUAAUUUUUUUUUUAAUUUAUACUUGUAGGAAUACCACGCGCGCGCUUUUUAUUCGAUUGAGCGAAUCGUUUUAGUCACACAAGAGUUACCAUUUCCAUAGUAUCGUUAAGAGCUAAGUUUACUACGAUCACAAAGUGGACGUGAUCGAUCGGGGACAUAAGAGUAAGUAAUCCCCAUGCGUGUUAUAAACAAGUGAAGUGAAAUAGAAUGACAAGAAAGUGAAUUUUAUUUUAACAAACUAAAAAUUAGCAGUACAAUAAAAUUAUAUACGUACUUGUUGAAAUAUUAUGCAGAUUCUUUAUGAAAAUCCAAUGAACCGGUAUUGUUUUAUAUUUAUAAAAAGUUAGUUUUAUCACACACACACACACACACCACUAAUAUGUCGCAUUGUUCAAUCCAUCAUAACGCGAGCGUCAUCACUCAAAUGAUACAUACGGUACGUAAUGAUUGUAGAUGAUGAAAGUAAUGAUAUAUACGCUUAAUUACCUUCCUGCUGAGGCUUCCGGCAUCGAGCAAAAGUAUUAAAAAGGGUUUGCCACGAACGGCCAUUGACGUAUCGAUUAGAUGCAUUGUUAAGACGUAAUAAAUUUUAAUACCGAGCUUUAACGCCUAAAUGAUUGUGUAUCGGUGAUAUUUCUACCUCGUUUUAUUAUUUUUAACGCUAGUUAAUAAUUAAUUAGAAUUAUAACAAACUAAUAAAGAUAUAGGUGGAAUUAUUUAAGUUUUGUAAUACGUAACGUACGUGAUCUUUGUAACUAAUUCUUUUUCACUUGAUUCCAUGGAGAGUUUUAAUUAAAGCCAAAGUAAAAGCAUACAAAACUAUGUUCAUUCGUACAACGCAAUUUGUUAAUUAUAUAUGUAUAGUGUACACUGUGUGCUUAUUAUGUAUUUAAUUAAUUUAACUGUACAGUUCUGUU